AUGAAAGAUGUGUCCUCAGCUGUACACCGCACAAUUAAUAACUAUCAACUAACUUCACAAUCCAAGCUGCUCAAAAGACUCAAUCAAAAAAAUGAAGCCCGCAUAGUCGCCAACUUGCAUAAGAGACAUCAGGAUAGACACUUGAUGGAGCUUAUCCAGAAACGAGACUACUACACCAAUAAGAUCCACGAGCUACUAAAUGGUGCAGGAGAACAACCGAACCCAGCACUCAUCGUUGAUGACUAUGAAGCAGACUAUUACUUGGCCAAACGAUUUGUCAAAGUUCCUGAGAACGUGGACCAGGUGAGAGCCAUCAUUGCCAAACACAAGCAGUUUCAAGAUGAAAUGGCCGAGGAACAUACACGGAUUCUUCGUGAGUACGAGCUGAAGGGUCUGAAAUUGAAUGGGUUGGCAAAAUUGAAGGCACACAACGCAUCUAGUGAAGCGAAGAGGGAAAAUGGCCGAAACUUGGCUUUGGAUGGCUUGUAUCAGAGAAUAGCAACUAGACAACGGAAACUCUCUGAAGAGUCAGAGGCCAUGUUACGGGAACUCAAGGUGCCCUUCUUUUGUAUAGAUGAAUCCAUUAGCAUGGACGUCGAGAGUUUGCUCAAAAACAAGAAGUACGUGCUCAACACGCUCUACAAACUAGUACAAUCACAAAGGUAA